UUCUUGGGUCAACGUUGCUACAUUUAUUCUUCUUCUUCUUCUUCUUCUUCUUCUUCUUCUACCCCUGCCUCUGUAUCGCUGAGCAAUAUUUGCCUAUAAGAAUCUCCCUUCUUCUUCAAACCCUUUUGGCUGGAUAUGCUGAAUCGUCUAAUUUCUGUAAAUUAAUCGAUUUUUUUUUUUUUUUUUUUUUUUUUUUAUUUUUUUUUUUGCAAUUAUGUUUGAUUUUUGUGAUUUCUCUCUUGUGUUUCCAAUUAUUUCUCCGAAUUUCUUCUGGGUCAACUCUGUUAGUCCUCUACUAGUUCUUCUUCUCGUAUCCUCAGAUCAUGAUAUCUAGCUUCUGCUUCAUUUGUGUUAAUUACUGACUUUGGUCAAAGGGUGUCGUUGUAAGCAAUUAACCCAACCCCCCUUUUAUCAGAACUUGUUUCGCCUUUGUUAUUAAUGUUUUGCUUUUGUGAUUAGUUUUGGAUUUGAAGUUCUUUUUGUUGGUCCAUGGAUGAACUGCUGAAAGAAGCCUUUACAGUAGGACUUUGAUUCCAUUUCUGAUUGUGGAGUCUCGGUUGUCUGUGUUCGUCUGAUCAUACACGGCAUGAUUUCCAUCCAGGGGUUUUCAAUCAAGUAAUAAAUAAAAACUUUCCCUUUUUCUUGUUUCAAAUCUGUGUUUUGGGGUUUUUAAUUUCUUUCUCUUGAUCUAAUGAUCUGAGGGUCGAAAAUUUGCUCAUUCCGUGUCACUUUUGAGCUCCUUUCCUAAGUUAGCUUAGUGGAAACGCAUCUUAUUAAGUCAUGGACAGUGGCAAUGAUCCCGCCUCGUCUCCAAGUUUCGCUUCGUCGUCUUAUGUGUCAAAUGGGUCCAGUUAUAACAACGUUGCUGCAACAUUCAGCAAUGACCCUUCUGCAACUUCUGAUCAUAUGUGUCUUAGCAAACUAAGUGCAAACCUCGAGAAGCUUGUGGUUGAUUCUGAUUAUGACUAUACCGAUGCGGUGGUUAUUGUUGAGGGCAUUGAAGUGGGUGUUCAUCGAUGUAUAUUGGCAGCUCGGAGUGAGUUUUUUCAUGAGCUUUUUAAGCAGGAAAUGGAUAGUUCCACCAAAGAUGGCAAGCCAAAAUAUUGUAUGUCUAAGUUGGUAGCUUUCAGCAAGGUUGGAAUUGAAGCUUUCAAGGUUAUCUUGAAUUACUUGUACACUGGAAAGCUAAAGCCAUCACCACCAGAAGUGUCAACAUGCGUGGAUGAGGCCUGUGCUCAUGAUGCAUGUGGCCCUGCUAUUAAUUAUGCAGUGGAAUUGAUGUAUGCUUCUGCCACUUUCAAAAUGAAAGAGAUGGUUUUGCUUGUACAGCGUCGACUCUUAAAUUUUGUUGAGAAAGCCUCUGUGGAAGAUGUGAUAACUAUACUGAUUGCUGCAUUCCAUUGUCGUCUGGACCAACUGCACACCCCCUGUAUCCAAAGAGUUGCAAGGUCAGACCUUGAUGCUGUGUCUCUAGAGAGAGAACUUCCUGCAGAAGUUGCAAGUGAGAUCAAAUCAUUACGUAUGAAAUCUCAGCAAGAGACUGAACCAAAUACUGUGGAAGAAGUGGACCUGAACCGUGAGAAGAAAAUCAGGAGGCUCCACAAAGCAUUGGAUUCUGAUGAUGUUGAACUACUGGAACUACUUUUGAGUGAAUCUUCUGACAUUACCUUGAAUGAUGCUUAUGCCCUUCACUAUGCGACUGCCUAUUGUGAUCCUAAGGUCAUUAAGGAAGUUCUUAAUCUAGGGUUGUCAGAUCUCAACCUUAAAAACCUUAGGGGACAAACAGUUCUUCAUGUUGCCGCAAGGCGUAAGGAUCCUAAAAUCAUUGUGGCCCUUCUGGACAAGGGAACCUCUGCAUUAGAACCUACAUCUGACGGACAAACUGCUGUUACAAUCUGUCGAAGGCUGACUAGGCCUAAGGAUUAUAAUGAGACAACUUACAAGGGACAGGAAUCUAACAAAGAUCGGUUAUGCAUUGAUGUGUUGGAGAGAGAGAUGCGUAGGAACUCUUUUUCUAGUGGCAUGGAAAUGUCAACUCAGAUUUCCGCUGCCGAUAUGCACGUGAUGCUAGACUAUCUAGAAAAUAGAGUGGCCUUUGCUCGCCUUUUUUUCCCUGCUGAGGCCAAGGUGGCAAUGGAGAUUGCAGAUGCAGAUUCCACAAUAGCAUAUACUGGCCUUGUAUCAUCGAAGGGGUCUACUGGCAACUUGCUGAAGGUUGACUUGAAUGAAACACCAUCUUUUGGAACCAAAAGACUCCAAUCAAGAAUGCAAGCUCUAAUGAAAACAGUGGAGACGGGUCGACGAUAUUUCCCUCAUUGCUCGGAAGUUCUCGACAACUUCUUGGCGGAUGACAUGCCUGACCUUCUCUUCCUCGAAAAGGGAACUCCAGAAGAGCAGCGGAAGAAGAAGGCUCGGUUCAUGGAACUUAAAGAUGAUGUUCAGAAGGCAUUCUGCAAGGACUUAGCUGAGAAUAACCGAUCAGGUUUUUCAUCUUCCUCCUCAUCUUCUUCCUCACCAAAAGUGGGUGUAAAUCACAAAGCUAGGAGGAAAUAAAGUCCCACUUGUACUAUAUUUUUGUAGGUAACAUACAGUUGAAUGUGCCAUAAAAUUUUCCCUGGAAAAAUAUUUACAUUACAGGAAUGUAGAGAUGUUCUGGCUUUUUUCUGUAUAAUAGGACAAGGUUUCCUUUCCCAUCUUGCUUUCUUAACCUAUCUUUUCUGUUUUUGGCCUGUAAAAUAAUUCUAACUUAUUAGCUUAUGAGGAAAAGGAAACUGGGCAGUUUGCUAGUAUCCAAUGGAGGUUUCUAUUUCUGGAAACAUGGAACAUAAUAAAUAUUACAAGGAACAAAGUGAUACAUACCUA